AUGGUUUGGGGAUGUUGUGGAGACACCCCCGUGCUGGUGGAGCCGAUGUUGCGAGCCGUUAUCACUGAAGACAAAGUUGUGCGUUCCUCAAACUUCAGCAUCAAGGUUCCGUUGGUGUCCGUGCCAGAGUACCUGGAAGCGGUGUGUCGCCAUUUCGGUCCCAAGACCGCGUUUAUCGACGCGGUGACUGGAAGCGCAACUUCGUACUCGGAGUUAUGGGAGAACGUGCAGAACUUCGCUACAGCCAUUCAGCACCAUGGCUUGCUUCCAGGGCAGUUCGUCUGCUUCCAUUGUGUGAACCACGUGGAAUUCUGGUUCGCUUUCCUGGGAGUGGCUUUAGCGGGAGGAGCGCUUGUUAUGGCUAAAGCUUCCCUCACACCAAAAGAACUUCAGUACCAGCUGGAAGACUCAAAACCGACCUACAUCAUUACGGAGCCUGGUCUUCUGGAGAAGGUUUCUCAAGCUAAAGAACACCUCGAAGGUGUAAAGGAAUUGAUUCUUUUCUCCGAGUCUGAGGGAUAUGCAACGGUAACGUCACUGCUUCAGGAGGGGCAGAAAUUAACUUUCGAACGUCCAGAGCGAACAGAUCCGCGAAGCACGCCAUUAAGUGUGUUGUAUUCCAGCGGUACAACGGGGUUACCGAAAGGCGUCAUAUCGUCUCAUUACAACUUUCUGAGCCAGAUGCUGCAAGCGGGGCAGGACGGUGAGCCUUUCUGCAAUUACACGGACGUGAUCGUGCAGUGGUUACCGUGCACUCACCUAUCCGGCGUCUUCUUCACGCUGGUCUCCCUUGGGCAGGGCGCCACACUUCUUGUUUUACCUUCCUUCAAACUGGAUCUCCUCUUUGCUUCCAUACAGAAGUAUCAGGGAACUUUUCUUCCACUCUUCCCAACAUUUGCCAACAUGCUUACGCAAUCGCCGCUAUGGCCCCAAUACAACUUGUCCAGUGUCAGAACAGUGGGCGUUGGUGGCAGCGUUACUCCGGCUGUCGUCGUUGAAAGACUCUCCAAAGUGUUCAAUCUGGAAACCUUAUUUCACGUGUACGGAAUGACGGAAGCUAGUGGGAUGGUGACGAUGUCAGCGACAGGACAAACUACUCUCGAAACAGUUGGAUGUCCUCUACCAAUGACAGAAAUUAAAAUAAUCGACCUGUUCUCUGGUGAACCCUUGGGCCCCAAUGAAGAAGGUGAGAUACUGUGUCGUGGACCCCAAAUAAUGAUGGAAUACUUGAACAAGCCUCAGGCCACAGCUUCUGCAAUCGACUCGGAUGGCUGGUAUCGUACUGGUGAUGUCGGGCAUUACGACGCACAAGGCCAAUUUUACAUUACGGACCGUGUUAAAGACCUGAUUAAGUGUAUGGAUCAGCAAGUAGCUCCAGCUGAGUUGGAAGACCUACUCAUGACUCAUCCUAACGUAAGGCAUGUAGCAGUGGCUGGCGUGCCUCACGAGGGCUACGGAGAAGCACCCAGAGCAUUUGUCGUGCUCAAAGACACGGAGGAUGUUUCCCUUGAAGGAGUGACACGUCAACUUCAGGAGCUUAUUUCAGAAAAUCUGGCUUUCCACAAACACCUCCACGGCGGAGUUGAGUUCAUGGAGGAACUUCCAAAGUCAGAUACGGGAAAAUUCCUUCGGAGAAGACUUCGUGACGUUUACGUGGCGAGAACAAGAGGCGCCAGCGGAUAGCGGAGACGGUCCUCCUUCCAGGAGGUGCAUCUUCAGGACGUAAAUGACUGAGAAACGUUGUGACGGAAGACUGGUGUUCAAGAAGGCAGUCUACAUUUUCAGCGUCCAGAAUACAGUUGUUUUCUUCAUUGAAUUGAACAACUGAAGAGUUCCUUACAGGAGACAGAUGCCUGUCUCCUGUGUAUGCGCACUUUGGUUGUUCAAUUAUGUGUCCCCAACCCGUCCUAAUUCCUAUGGUUACUAGCGUUUUUGUUUGUU